AAGGACGGAAAUGUUACGAAUUCGAUUUGGUAUGUGUUAAAGUGUCUUCAGAUUAAUUUUCAUUCAGGUCAAAAGAUAACCAUGAAAUCAGAGAUUUAUAUAUUCGCUUGGCUGUUUAUUUCAAUUACUUUCUCUCGUAAUGUAUAUGAUAUACAUAAAGUUGGCCAUCGACCUGUUCUGUCGGUAGAGGGAGAUAAUGUGUAUGUAGGUGGAGAAUUAGGUCUGGUUAAACUAGACAAAAAAUCGUUUGAAGAACUGAAAUUCAUUUCGGUACAAAAUGUAUGGGCAGUACUUGUUGAUGAUGACGCAAAUUUGCUGAUUGUAUGUUCCUCUCUUGGAGACGGAAAAAGUCAAUGUCAUAAAAUGACCCUGAAUCUCAAAGAAAAAGACAUAACAUCUGAGCAAUUUAUGAUCGAUCUUAACACACCUCCGUUAAGCAUAAAAUGUAGAUUAUCAGACGAAAUAGGAAUCGUGAUUGCAGCACCAUACAUAAAGUCGUUCACUAAUCGCAAAGAUUCCAAAACUAUAUACAGCUUACAAAUUAGAAGUCUGGAUGAGUUUAUGUAUUCUAGCAAUACUGUAUACCAAUUGGGUUAUAAUGAAAACUUAAACCGCUCACAGAUGACGUAUAUUGCGGGUUUCGAGCAUGAACAAUUUGUUUAUUUUUUAUAUAAUGUUUAUUUGAACGAUAAAUUUAUUGAAGCAAAGCUAGGUAAAAUGUGUGCAUCCCAUCAUACAUACUCAAGUACUGGUUUUCGUACUUCUUAUGAAGAUAUUCCUCUUGUGUGUUACCAUGAACACGUAAACUACACUAAGAUCGAAGAUGGAUUGGUACUGAAUGGCAAAAUGGUUGCAGCUUUCAGUAAUAUGGAAUCAAGCGUUAUCUGUUCUUUUAGCAUUAAAGAACUAGCGAAACGUUUCCUAGAUUCGAGGAUAAAUAUUUUACGUUGUAAUCAGAAAACAGGAUGGAAAAAUCGUAGCUUCAAACCGGAUCCCUUUUCAGCCUGGCAACCAAAAACGUGUAUUCAUUUGAACAACAAUACCUGUGCUGAAUCGAUGGUUUGUAAUGUGAUCAAAGGAGAUUUCUGCAACACUGUUCUAUACUAUACAAUUGAGGGAGUCGAUCCUAUUGUCUCAAGUGCAGUUUACAAAACAACAAGGAGAGUUCUACGGCAUCUCACUAAAGUUGAUUCAAAUGACAGGGUGCUGAUUGCAGCAACAAAUUCUGGACAUAUUAUUAAGUUGAACAUUAGUUCCUCUUAUUCCUAUACAGUAGACGUAGAAUAUGAAAUAACAGGAUCGCACAACAUUGUGGACUUACAGACUCGAAAUAGAACAAUCUACAUUUUAACAGAUACAGAGUUACAGAGACUAGAUGUUGAUGACUGGUUCUUUGACAACGAUUGCAGCAUUCCAGAACCUUCGAUAUAUAUAUGUACAAUAGCUUUACUAUACAUAAGAAGUGUCCUUGGGGAAUUUGUUUGA